GAUUGGAACACCUGAAUCACAUGACUGGGAGGGGAUUGGAACACCUGAAUCACAUGAUAUGGAGGGGAUUGGAACACCUAAAUCACAUGAUAUGGAGGGGAUUGGAACACCUGAAUCACAUAAUAUGGGAGGGGAUUGGAACACCUGAAUCACAUGAUAGGGAGGGGAUUGGACAAACACCUGAAUCACAUGAUAUGGAGGGGAUUGGAACACCUGAAUCACAUGAUUGGGAGGGGAUUGGAGCACCUGAAUCACAUGAUUUGGAGGGGAUUGGGACACCUGAAUCACGAUAUGGGAGGGGAUUGGAACACCUGAAUCACAAGAUAUGGAGGGGAUUGGAACACCUGAAUCACAAUGAUAUGGAGGGGACUGGAACACCUGAAUCACAUGAUAUGGAGGGGAUUGGGACACCUGAAUCACAUGAUAUGGAGGGGAUUGGCACACCUGAAUCACAUGAUAUGGAGGGGAUUGGCGCACCUGAAUUACAUGAUAUGGAGGGGAUUGGGACACCUGAAUCACAUGAUAUGGAG